AUUGCCAUGCUUCGGUAGGUUCGGCUGGCCCCCCUGCUUUAUAUACCACGAACCCUGCACACAAGUGCAGCAGGAAUCUCAUUCUCGUUCCCAGAAGCAAACAACCUGCACGUUGCAUUGCCGAAGUCUCUUCCAAUCUUCCGUUCCGUUUGGCGAUGGAGGGAGCCAGAGCGCUGUGCCUGGCGCUGCUGCUGGUGUCCGCGAUCGUUUCGGCGUCCUCCAGCGGCGAGGCCGCGACCGCGAGCGGCCAGGCGGCGCCGCCGACCGGGCCGGACACGAACGUGUUGUGCGUGAGCAAGUGCGGGACGUGCCCGACGGUGUGCUCGACGCCCCCGCCGGCGCCGCCCUCGUCGUCGGACGCGGGGGACAGCACCACGCCGCCGACGCCGAAGAGCGGCGGCGGGUCCUCGUCGCCGCCAGGGCAGAGCAAGGGCGGGCGGCCCAGCAACUACUACUACUUCUUCACCGCGGCGGGGAGCCGGAGCACCUGCGCCGGGGCGAGCGCCUACGCGCUGGUGUUCUUGGUGCUGGUGUCCGUGGCUGCCGUUUUGCAGUGAGUGGUGUGCGUGCGUUCUCCCUCUCCCCCGGUGAUCAUUGUACGGUACGUCCAGCAGAUGUGACAAGUUCGGUUCGCAAACUUGAGUGUGUUUAGUUCACUUUAUAUUUUGCGUUUUGUGUUUUUUAAAGGAAUCUUCAAUAUUUGAAGUAUUAAAUGUAGACUAAUUACAGAUCU